GUUUUUGGUGCUUUAGCAUCUGAACCAUUUAAAGUGAGUGAUGGCUUUUAUGGCACUGGGGAGACCUUUAUGUUCACUUUUUCUCCAGAUUUUGAGGUUUUCAAAUGGACAGGAGACAACAUGUUCUUCAUUAAAGGAGACAUGGACUCCCUUGCUUUUGGUGGAGGAGGAGGGGAGUUUGCUCUUUGGCUCGAUGGUGAUCUCUACCAUGGAAGAAGUCAUUCAUGUAAAACAUUUGGGAAUCAUACGCUUUCUAAGCGAGAAGACUUCAUUAUUCAAGACAUAGAAAUAUGGGCUUUUGAAUGAGUAUUUAACUACUUCUGCAGGGUAUUGUCCCAAACCUGAUAUGAAUCAGUGCAGCUGUAAAAUCCCUAGGAGCAAUAUAAUGCACCAUUUUACCUUCCUGAUUUUUUUUUUUGUAAGUUUUCAGCGUGGCCAUCUAGUUCUUAUUUUUAAAUAGCAGAGGUAUUUUCAUGCUCUCACAUUCUAAUAUACUGUCCUACUUUUUCUAAGCUGUAGAAACUUUUACAAAAUGCAGAACAUGUAAACUAAAAAUGAAUGUUGCUUACUUCAAGCCUUGCAGCCUACAGGAUUCUUAUCCAUAUUACAGUUGCCUCCCAGAUUUCCCACACACACCUUUCUGCAAUCCUGCUAGGGGGCUGCUUCAUUGAAUAUAGGUUAUUAUUUUUGUAUUCAGAUUAUGUCUAUGAAUGAAGUUGCCCUCUGUGAACCUGUAUAAGAAAGCCGUGUGUGGGUAUUUGGCAGCAGUACUGCAAAGAUUGGUCUGGACCAAUGAUGGGUUAGUUCAAAUGGUGGCACUAAUAGAUGAGGAGCCUAGCAUUCCUUCCUAACACAUACCAGUACACACGUGGUGUAGUUGCAAGAUAUCCAAAGUCAACAGUGCCACUUGUCUUUAUUGUUCAUGUUUAGAAAAAAGUCAGUUAAUACAUAUUCUAGCUGCAUGCUGAUUGUAUUAAAGUGUGUUUUGCACAUGCUGUUAAUGAUCUGCAGGUUUGGGACAAGUACUGACAGUACUGAGCUACAUGGCAAGGACUUAGAAAAUAGCAAGUAAGAGUAUGAUAGUUCCACAAAAUCCAAAUGGCUAAAGCAAGAAAAACUUGGUGAAAAACUUGUAGCUAUAGCAGGGCAUUAAAUUACAGAAACAGAUGCAUCCUUCUUCAACAUAAAGUGUCAGAUAUAUACUGUUAUACUGUCGUAGCCGUGUAGCACAUCAACUCGAAGCAUAUAGCUUAUUCCUGUCCAAAGAAACAAAAUAGUUGUGAUGUUUUUGAGUGGGUCUAUGUUGUAAAUUUACAGUUAGCACCAGCUCUGAUUAAAAUGAGACAAUGUACUAUAGGUAGACAAUAUUGUAAUUCAGUAGACUCGUGGAAUAUGCAAACUUACUGUCAUGUGACCUCAAAAAAAAAUGACAGGCUAGAAUACAGUUCCAGUAGCUCUUGUCCACUUUUGUAGGAAAAUUGAUAAGCCAUUGUGGCAAUAACAGCUCAACACAACUGUUAGUUUCAAAGCUUUUAUUCUAUGUUCUGCAAAAACAAAACAAAAAAAAAAAAAUUGCUGUUAUGUGUGACAGUAACUGACUUUGUGCUGAAAUUUCAGCUAUUUCAGAUGAACAUUGUAUAUUACCUUGUAAAUUAAUGUUUAAAGUAGUUUUGUUAUUAUAGAAAAGUGUUGAUUGACGGGUUGCUUAUAGCACUUUAAAUUAUUAUAGAAAUGGAAUAAAAGCCAAAUGGUUUGGCUUAAGUAGAUGUAGUUGUAUAUUACUUCAAAAUAUUUACAUCUUUGGAAAGUUUUAAAAACUUAUUUGAAGACAGCUUACUGCUAUGGUAAUGAGAAAGGGCAGAUGUUCCAUCUAUAACAUGCUAAUGCUCAAUAUGAAUAGAAAUACAGGGCUUUGUUUCCUGUCUCUGUGUAUAGCUAUUUAUCCUUAUUAGAACCUAGUACAAUGUGUAGACUAAAUGUUUACAAAAUAAGGAACUGUAAAUAAACUGAAAUGGCUUUUCUCCCCUUUGGUCUUCCACAGCAGUAUUGUCUUUGUGGAGUUAAGACUGAUUAUUACAACAAGAACAACAACAACAAAAAAUCCUGUAAUGGAUUUUAAGUACUCUAAGGUCACAGUGAUGUAUAGCAAAUAAAUCUAAAUAUAUGUAAAAAUAAA